AGAACAAUAUUUUCAAUGAUUUGAUGUUCCUAGAAUGAAGUACUGACUCGUUGACUUCCACGAGAAAAAGCAGAAUCAUAAUAUUUUUAUAUGAUUUGUUGAGAUGCUGGGUCCUUCCUGUUAGCAAAAGUUUUAUAUGUUAGAAAUAUAAGUCUACUUCUCUUCAACAAAAUGGCUUUGAGUGCAAACACGGACUGGCGCACGGGCCGGACUGUGUUACAAUGCAAUAAGUACAUGCUUGAGCAUCAAGUAGAGUGUGAUGUUACACUUGCUGUGGGGAGGGAAAAGAUUAAAGCCCACAAAUACAUGCUGAUAAGUCGCAGUGCAGUUUUCCAUUCUAAACUUACAAGCCAGAGAACUUUAAUGGAAAUCAAUAUCCCAGAUAUUGAACCUGAUAUAAUUCGAAAAAUGUUGAUGUUUAUAUACACUGAUGAUGUUGAGUUUGACAAUCGCUCAACAAUGAAACUGUUCCAAGCUGCCAGUAAAUUCAAAAUUGAAGAUCUAAAGAAAACAUGCUUUUCUAAAAUGCAAGCAGAACUUUCUAGAGAAAAUGUGUGUCCCGUUCUAAAGAUGGCAUAUGAUGUGGGAAACAACGAUGUGAAAAAUAGUGCAUUAGACUACUUUUAUAGAUAUGCUUAUGAUUUGUUAGAGACUGAGGGAAUUUUAGAAUUACCCCAAAGUUGUUUAAUUGACAUUAUGAAAAGUGAUAAAUUGAGAGUAUCAGAGGAGAAAAAGUAUGAGGUAGCAGUUGUUUGGGCAGAGAGUAAAUGCAGACAACAGCAAAAGGAAGUAAAUGAUACAAACUUGAAAGCCCUACUUGCCCCAGUUGUGAAUUGCAUUAAGUUUGAAGAAAUGUCAUUGGGUUAUUUCACUAAAAAUGUUUCAAAUAGAGGUAUUUUAGAGCAAAAUCAGAUCAUCAGUGUAUUUCAAAAGUUAGUCAGCAAUUCACAACCAUCACACUCAGCACCAGCAGGAAGAGCAGGAAAUGUAGGUCAAUCAGCACCUCUGGCUCUUGAAAGAUCUGUCAGUGCACAUGAAGCAGAUUCUACCAGCACAUCAGAAAAUCUCUCAAGAUCUGUUCUAACCUCCUCAGAAUCCUUACCUCAAAUGGAGACAGAUCCAGCAAGCUCUUCAGAACAUGUACUGGCAACAGGACGCCAAGGCCCAACUCCCAUUCCUCCAAGGGGAAAUAACCAUCUGAACAAUAACCGGGCACAGCCAGCUAGGAGACAGUCUGCAGAACUGCCAACAGGUGCCCAGCCAUUACCAAAUGAUUUCAGAGAUGAAAUGGGUAGAAUAACGAUAUGGAGGUUUGGAGGUAUUUUGAGUGGAAAGGCAUAUUUAAGAGAUAAUCCUGAUUCCAUAUCAAUAAUUCCUAGUCAUUCUGGAAAAUUACAUGGAGUCUGGCUGUAUGGGAGCCAUCAGAGACAAGCAACCUACAAAGUGGACAUGAAAAUAAAGGAAGAUGGCACAGUGAAAAAAUCCAUUCCCAAUAAAGAAAUUGUGUCUGAUGGAAGGGAAAAGGUCCAUCUGUUGAAGAUUGAACCGCCAAUGAAAUUUGAGGCAGAUAAUGUUUACACCAUUGAAAUGGUGAUGAAGGGCCCCACAAGUUAUUAUGGCAGAACAGGAAAGGAAGUGGUUACUGUAGAUGAUGUCAGUUUCACAUUUAUUCCUGAUGAGAAUGGAAUCAAUGGCACUAAUACAGAAAUUGGGCAAUUUCCUGGGUUUGUAUUUGAGAAAACAGAAUUAUAGAUAUACAUAUAAGUACAUGUAUAUUGACAUUUAUUUGUAGUUAGACUGGGUUUAAUGUACUUCAAUUGGGAUACUGAAUUAGUUUUAAGAUGUAAAAGUUGCUCUUGAUAAAAGUAAUAUUAUCUCUGGUGUUGAAAUUAUUAUGCCAUGUUUAGAAAGGAAGAAUAAAUGUUUAACAAAUUUAUUUGUUCUGUAAAUGUGAGUUCUAAUCAUGCUAAUUACCAUUUGGUUGAAUGAUAUGUUUUAUAAAUGUUUUGUUAAUGUAUAAGUGUGUAUAAUUACUGCAAAUUGUCACAGAAUUUUUGUCAAAGUUUUGGAUCAUAACGAUAAAGAAUUAAGAGUGAAUUAGUCCACUUACUGGUACACUGUAAACUUUAUAAUCUUUUGUUUGUUUAAACUGGGGAAUCUUAUUUAAAACAGUUUCUGUAACAUUUUUAUCCACAUAUUCUAAAAAUUGUGUACAUCCAAAUGACUUAAAUUGGUCUAAAAUAUAUCUUAUUUGCAUUUAUUUCUCUCCACAGCUUUAAUGUUUUGUGAUCAAUGAAAAUCAUGUUCGUGUUAUUAUCAUUUUUAAAAUCAGUUUCUCAUU